CACAGGCCACGCACGAGGGAACACAUGUGUACAACAAAACCAUCCCCCGUGCGUGCUGUCUGGCUGUCUCUGUCUCUCCAUCCAUCCAUCCAUCCGUCCACUCACUCUCCCACUCACUAAGGUCCAUCCAUCCAUCAUCCAUCUACCAGCUGACGUGUGCAUUUCCUACCACCUCACCCCACCUCACCCCACCUCAUCUAAUUCAUUUGCCGUCGCCGGCCGACUGCACUCAGUCGAAAAUUCGCGUAUGUAUCUCUCUAUAUGCAGCCUUCCUUGCAAGCCAGACAGACAGCCAUGUUGGGGUGUGUGUGUGUGUGUGUGUAAGGUACACCUUCAUUCCUUCGUUCUGUACACCGAGCAAACAAAGGGCAUAGGUGGGUGGACGGCCCGGAUGGUUGGAUGGACAAUAGAUAUUUAUUUCGCGGGCGGGGCGGCAAGCAACAUUGCUAUACAUACACACACAUGCAUACAGCGGCGUCCUUAGGCACACGUGCAUCGGUGCACCCAUGCCCACGGCCGCCCGCCGUUUUGUAUGCAUCUUUGUACACACACACUUCGCCAGCUGGCUAUGUACACACAUACACACAUACAUAUCUCUCAGGUCAGUCAGAACGUCACAUCAAAUAUGAUGAGGACAUCGAUCACAGGGCCGUCAGCCGUCUCCCCUCAUCCUCAUUGUCAUCGGGAAUGAAGUCGGCGUCGGGCGGGGGCGUGCUGGCGGCCAGCCACUCGGCGCUGCUGACGGUGGCUCGGUCGUUGCACAAGUAGUACUCGCCGAUAUUGUGCUCCGUCAGGGUGCGCAUGGUGCGGUUGCUCUCCAUCGUCAGCCCCUCACCCACGUGCCACACGCCGCCCUUUUUGCCCGACCAGGCCUGGUCGUCACACGGGUCGGUCGGCCAGUCGAAGGGCAGCCUGCCGACCACUGGCACCUCCCCAAAGAGCACGUCGGCAAUGCCCCCGCCCUCGGUGCCCGGCAGCCAGGCCACCACAAAGCCCUCCGACAGAUUGAUGAUGCGGUUGGCGUACAGCGGCCGGCCGGUGAACAUGACAGUGACGAUGGGCGUGUCCGGGAAGCGCGCACGUGUGGUCUCGAGCACCUGCAUGUCGUACCAGGCGUCGCCAUCCUCUUCCAGCCUGAUAACGCCCCCUGCCCUCGCGAAGGAGACCGUCUGGUUCAUGAAGAUGUCGCCCUUCUCUUCGGAGUAGGGGUUCUCCGAGACGACCACAAUGACGGCGUCAUAGCCAUCAGCAACGCCCUCCGUGAGGUUGAACGAGUAAUCCACCGCUAUGCCCUUCUGCUGGAUGCCCCCGAAGAGCGUCGUGGCGUUGCCGAACAUCUCGUUGCCAUUGUUCUUGUCCCCCAGCCAGUCGACCGACCAGCCGCCGCAUUGCAGCGCGACAGCAUCGCCGCCCCGCCCGACCACGAGAAUCUUCUGGUCGGUCUUCAAAGGCAGCACGUUGCCAUUGUUCUUGAGCAGCACGAUCGACUUCUGCACGGCCUCACGCGCAACGUCGCGGUGCAAGUUCGAACCGAUAUAGUGACCUGUCCAUGCAGAGAGACAGAUGAUGGAUGGAGUGUGGCAAAAGAGACUGGUCUCACCUUCUGCUUCGAGUGCGCUCCCGCGUUGCCAUGGUGUCGGCCGUGGUCCGUUUGGUGUGGCGAUGGACGAGAUGUAGCCCAUCCGUGCCUUCACCCGGAUGAUGCGUGUGGCGGCGUCGUUGAUGCGCUCUUCGGGGAUGAUUCCGGCAUUCACUUGGUCGAUGAUGUUGGUCAUGAAGCCCUUCCAGUCAUCGCCCCACGCCAUCAUAUACACGUCGAUACCUGCACCCAUCAGAGCCAUCACAACACAACACGCGUACUAAUGAAAUGAAGUUGAUGUGUGUGUGUGUGUGUGGGUGGGUGGGGGUCGAUUGGGGGAGGGUGGUUUAUGGCAAACACACCGGCGUUGACGGCGUGUGGGCAGGUCCAUCUGUCGCAGUUUUUGACGUGCUGGUGGCCGACGUAGUCGCUGAUGACGAUGCCGUCGAAGCCCAGGGUGUCUUUGAGGACCGUCUGGAUCAGGUGCUUGUGCCCGUGCAUCUUCAGACCAUUGUAUGACGAAAAACUCACCUGCACAUCCACACAGCCGCACAAACAAAACACCAGAUAGGUAGGUAUCCAUCCACACACCCACACACCACACCCUCCCAGCCAUGCCAUGCCCUCACACCGACCGCACCAUGAUGGUGGCGACACCGGCCUCAAUGGCGUCAAAGUAGGGGAUGGCAUGCUCGAGCAUCAGCUGCUUCUCGCCCAUGUACACAUCUCCCGCAUCGAUGCCCUCCUCUGUCGCACCGUCACCGAUCCAGUGCUUGGCCGACGCCAACACGUGCCGUCCGUCGAGGUACUGCGCCCCGCCGUCCACAUCGGGAUCGCCUUGCAGGCCCUUGAUCAUGGCCGUACCCAGCCGCCGGACCAUCUCGGGGUCGGACGAGUAGCCCUCGUACACGCGGCCCCACCUGAGAUUCUUGGGCAUGGCGAUGCAGGGGGCGAAUGCCCAGUCGAUGCCCACCAAUGUCAGCUGAGCCGCCGUCAUCUCGCCGAUCCUGUAGAUAUAUGGGAGACCGUGGGAAUGAAUACGUGGUGUGUCCGUGCUGUGUGUCUUGCUCACUUCUUCAUGAGCUCCGUGUCGUUGGCCGCCCCGAGGCCGAUGUUGUGGGGGAAGAGAGCACCUUUGGGCUGGUUGUUGUGCCCGUGAAUGGCGUCUAAGCAACAAACAAACCAACCGAUGUGGCUGGCGUGUCUGUUGUGUCUGUCGUACUGCCCGCCCCGCCCCGCCCUGCUCCGUGCAGUGCAGUGACUGACCGAUUCCCCAUAUGUAGGGUAUCUUAACGCCCUGCUGCUCGACGGCCGAGUUGAGGAUGCCCUCGGCCGUGUUGAGCCACUCGUACGCCUCGUGUGUACCGAUGGUUGAACCUGACACACACAACCAAACAGGCGCACAGACAGACAGACAGAAGAGCCUUGUCCAAGCAGGCCGAUUGACAGACAGACAAAAGCCUUCUCUCACCAGGGCCAGAAAGCAGUGAGCCGAGGCUGAAUCCCCGCUCGUUGUGGAUGGCCAUGAGGUCGGUCUCUGGCGCGCCCACCUGCAUCAUCUGCGCCACCUUCUGCUCAAGCGUCAUCCCGUCUACUAUCCUGACAAUUGGCCAAACAACACACACAAGCAGCAGCAGGACACACACGUGUGGUGCCUUAGAUAAGCUGUCCCCUGUCUGUGUGCCCCGCCCAGCCCAGCACGCACCGUUUGAUCUCGGCCUCCAUUGCUGGGUCCUUUUUCGGCAUCACAUUGAGGUCUGUCGGCCACGGCGCGUUGAGCGUCCCGUUGGCGGUGCCGUCGGCCUCCUGCAGCAGCCUGGCGAGCAGCUCAUACCUGCCGCGGGUCUGGGGCUGGUGUGCCGCUGUUGCUGCUGAUAGUGACGCUGCGAUAGUUGCUAGGAGAAGGAGGGAAGUUUGCCGUGCCAUCUUCAUCACCACACAAGUAUAGACAAGGGCAACCGCCUCAAAAUGGCC